AUGACGAUUGACGACGUGACAGGAUGUGCUAUCAAGUCAAUUGUGGACACAGGCAAUAUAUACGCCACUGAUCGCUGUCCCCGCAUGCAAUUGGUAUCUUUUUCCACUUGGGCAAUGCGCGAAUAUGCAUGUUAUAUUCUCAAUGGACUCUUUCUCGUCAUUAACUUUACGCCUAUCCGCAAGAAUGUGGCAGAAGAUGUUUAA